AUGACCGUUGGGAGCCCAACAGAUAUGCAUCAAAGAAAAGCAGAAAUGACUAGACACUGUUAUGCUUUUAUUGCUUUACUGGGUGGUUAUGUUGUGGAGGAAGGCUUCAUCAGUUUCAAUGCUCGCCAAAUCAUCUUAUCUGAGCCAACAACAACAGAGCUUGUCGAGAAACUCGAGGAAUAUGUUCCUUGUCAUGAAAGAGUUGCUUCGAAGUUGAACUGGGAGAUGGAGCAGCAGCUUGGCUACCCUCAACCACAAGAAAUUGCGCGGUGA